GUGAGUAGUGGGGCAGAUCCUUGAUGGAACCGGUCUGCCGUCUGGCAUCGUUGCUCACGGGUCGAUUUUCCGUACAUCAACAGAUCCUUACCGUGCUCAGCACGGUGUGCUGUCAGAUCCAUUUUGGUUCUGUCAGCUGGUAAAGAAGAGGAGUGUAUAACAAUCAAAAUGUCGGUCGUUGAAAACAUAUUAUCGAUUAUGCAGAAACCAGGACAGGAUCCUGUUGCCAAGGACGACGUACCCUGGUGGAUGAAGUACGCUGGCCGAGGACUUGGCACCGUAGGAAGCCUAAUUGCAAUAUUUCUUGGAGCUUGGAAUUGUGCAUCGAUACUCUUGGGUUCCAUAAAUUGCUUGAUCAGCGGCAUGUGGCAGAUGGUGGCUGGUUUCAUAGUCAUAAUGAUAGAAGCGCCGUGCUGCUGUCUGUUUAUUGAUUUUGUACAAAACCUUAGCGACUGGGCAGAGAGCAGACCCUAUUGGUACAGGGCAGCUGUGUAUUGUUUGAUAGCGCUUCCAUCAGUCUUCCUUUGUAUAGGACUGAGCAGCCUGUUCGGCAGUGGUUUGAUAUUUGCAACGGGUGUAAUAUACGGAUUAAUGUCGCUCGGAAGAAAGGCACCUCUGCGAGAAAUGAGAUCAGCAGCGACGAUUGUCGAGGUUCCUUCGUCGAGUACGCAAGCCACUCUGGUUGAAAAUGCUGAACCGAUGGGGUUUUCAAACAAACCGGAUAGUAAUGUUUGACUUGUAAAAAUUAAUUGGCAAAAGAUCGUUUGGCGCAAGUGGUGAUGCAUAUUGAUCGAUCGAAGAAUAACCAAGCCCGUGAACAUUACUAUAAUAAGACGCUUGUUUCUAUCCAACGAUAUCUUGGAAAUUUUAUUCAAUAUGCAAUUGCCGUUUGAAUUAUUAGUAAUGUUUGUGUUGGAGUUUAGAUAAAAUAUUAAUUAUGUAAUGCUUACAACCAAUGUUGUUUCGUCAUACUUAUUAUCCAAUUUAAUUGCAAUUAUAAGUUUUAGAUCAAAAUGAAAGACCACUGUAAAAAUUGUUUCAUGGGCUCGGUCUUCAUGCGGUCUUUUUUAUCUGACGUGUGUCAUAAUGAAACUUCUGACGUUGGUUGAUUUUGGACGUAAUUUCCCAUUGAAAUUUUACAUUUCCACGAGAUAAGUUUCCAUUUUCGGGUAAAUGACACUUCCAAAAUGUAAAAUACUUCGAGAUUUCGAGGAAGACUAUAUCGGAUCAUAAAAGUGGUCAAGUACCAUAUCUUGUUGAUUUAAUAAUUCUUCUCCUUUUUUAUGCAUUCUUAAUGCAUUCUUCUCUCUGCCAAAUUUAUUGUACAUAUAUAUAUUCGUAUAUGUAUACCUAUAUAGGUCUGAAUUAAUAUGUAAUUAUUUUACGCAAUAUGUAAAUUUGUGUUGCAUUGUACUUUUCGUAGUUUUUUUUUCUUUCUGAAAUGUAGAUUUUUAGAAGUUUAAUUUGUAAUAGUUGGUAAUUUCAUUUUUGUGGCCAAAUAUAUUUUAAAAGUUUAUGAAACUAACUACUAUUUUGUGAUAUAGCAAAGAAAAGGAAUAAUUAUUACGUUAGUGUAUUUAAAUGUAUGAAUACAUUAUGUUCGGGACGAUCCUGACAUUUGCAUUAGUAUUCCUUAUAUUCGCGAUUGGUUUUUACUCAAUAUUAAAUACGCAGGUGAUUCCGCGCUCAUUGUUGUAGUAAAAUUUUUUUAAUUCUUUUUUUUUCUCAAUAUAAAGUUAUAUCAUGUACCACUAAUCAAAUAAGCAUUUACUUGCUAUUCCGAAUUAUCAAUAUGCUCGAUUAUUUUCUUAUCCUACAUUCCCAUGUUUAGUUAAUUUAUUUAUUAAGAACAAAAGACUAUAGACGUUCGGCAACGAAUCAGUUUUUCCAAUUCCUUUAAUAUUGCAUUUGCCAAAUGAAUUUAAUUUAAAAGCCAUUUUUUAGAGGCAUGCAGAUGAUUGUAUUGUCAUAGUUAGUAUUAUAAACCUAAUUUUUAUUGUGAUUCACAUAAUAUAUAUGUAUAUACAUAUAUAUAUAUAUAUAUCAUUGUGAUUGUGUAUGAUUAAGAAGACUUUUAUGUUCGUAUAUAACAAGAAAAUUAGUAUACUUAUGAAUCGCAUAUAAGGUAUUAGUUAGUGUCUAUAGAAAGAUGGAAAAGUAUGCAUGCAAUAUAAUUAUUCAUUGCAUGUAGUUCAUGUACAGCACCCAUCUACACACAGGACUCGCACACACAUACACACACACACACACACAUUGAACAUUUCUGGUUUCGAUAAUGGUAUUUCUAAACAUCCUUUACGAAAUAUAUUUAUUUGAAACGUGUAAAAUUUUGUUGGUAAACGUAAGGAAAAAAUAUGUUAUCGAUCUCUAUGUAAUGAACUGUUAAUUAACAGUUAUCAGUAUGAACAUUUAUAUGUAAUGCUCAAUAAUAAAAACGGAUUACGUAGUAUAGUAUAUCGUACGAGUCAAAUAUUAUACCGGAAAGUCAGGGGUGUACGGGUAAUCGCGCCGCGGGUCUGGACCCGAAAGUUUGUUACGCUCGGGUACCCGAAUAUUUAUAAGACUCGGGUACCCGACUCUCUCAUUGGAGCUCGAAAGUUUCUGAUAAUUGGGUACCCGAAAACUUGUAAAUCUCGGGUACUCGAAAGUUUGGUCUAUUCGGUAGUUUCUAAUGAUGAAGUCGUAUCGAGUACCCUAGUCUCUUACUGGAAUUCGAGAGCUUACAAUAUUCAGGUACCCGAAAUUGAUGUCGCCACUAGAAUUUUACAAAUGUUCGUGUUCCUGAUCUUACUUUGAUUUCGGGUACCCGAAUGCUAUAAAAUCAAUUCUUCCUGGCCGGAAACUCUAAAAACUUACUCGGAUUCGAAAUGUCGGGAACCCGUCCACCCCAACCGAAAGGAAUUAUCGAAUUGUUUUUAUGAUUCUAUAUCAUUUCAAUAACAAGCUACUUCUAUUACAUCGUUAAAAAGCUAAGAUUCUGACUUAUGCGAAUGAAACAACAAAAUAAAAUAUUGAGUAGAAUUUCUGUAAAUGUAUUAUGUACAAUAUAUACCAUAAAUUUACAUGCGCAAUGGUUUAUUGAUAUUGUAAGUAGCAAUACAAUGAGAAUAUGAUAGCUAUAUUUUUCUGUCAUAAAGAAAAAUGUGUUCAAAAAUUGAAUAAUUUAUAGUUUUACACAUACUCAUGACCAAUUAUCAGAAUUAAUCAUAUCUUAUAAUGGAAGGACAUACAUAGUUUGCUACAGAUUAAUGUAUUGCGUGUAAAUUAAAAAAAGAAAAUGUAGAUAUUUAACUUCUAUUAUACAACAUAUCAGUUGGUAUAUUUAUUAUUCGUAUAAUGUUUAUUGUACUAUAGUGGUUAUUGGUCGGCUUCUAAUACUCGCGCGAAAAAAAGUAGUAUAAAAGUAUUUUCAACGAAGACUCGAAAAUGUUCAAUUACACUAAUGGCAUUUAUUAAACAAAAGCU